AAAGAAAUAGAAACUAAAAAAAAGUAGAAAAAAACUAAAAACAUAAACGAAAUGUCGGCCAAAACUUCACCAUCCAGUUUAAGAGAUGCAGCCAGUGUUGGUCCAACGGUGCAGAUCAAAAAGGAAUUGCCCAGCGAUGAAAUUAAGGAAUUUGCUCACAAUACCAUGAAUGAGCUAUUGGGCUGGUAUGGUUAUGAUGUCGAUCGUUUGGAUUUGACAGCGAAAACAUCACGUCUGUUGCAGAGUGCAGCUGCUGCUGCGGUGGCCACGCAACAGCAACAACAUCACCAGCAACAACAACAACAACAGCAACAGCAGCAGCAACAACUUGAAAGGAAGCGACAUAGUUUCCUACGCAGUGGUCGAUCUUUGUCCUAUCGUAAUAACAAUUACAAUAAGAAUAACAAUGCCAGCAGCAGUACCAACAACAACAAUAAUAUUUCUGGCAAUGGCAAUGGCAAUGGACAUGAACAAAUUGGUAUUGGUCGCAUUAGUAAAUCUGGCCUAAAUUGCAAUAGCACAACAACAACACCCUCAGAUCAUGAUACGCGCAGCUCACGCGAAGAUGAUUCCAAGAGUCCGAACUCAAUUGGUAAACCGGCCACAACAUCAGCAAUGGGCACAUCUCAAAUGGAGGAGAAAAUAGACUUCAACAACUGUUGCUGGUGUCAUCGUCCGAUUGCAGAAAAUGCACCCGACUAUUUGACCAGCACGGAUGGGCCACGUUAUUGUUCGGAAUCCUGCUUCACCCAGAGUCGUCGGGCCACCUUCAAGAAGGCCAAAACCUGCGAUUGGUGCAAACAUGUCCGGCAUGCCGUCAGCUAUGUGGAUUUCCAGGAUGGCGCCUCCCAGUUGCAAUUCUGUUCGGAGAAAUGUCUCAAUCAAUAUAAAAUGCAAAUAUUCUGUAAUGAGACGCAGGCCCAUUUGGAUAUGAAUCCACAUUUGAGGGAUCAGGGCUUGGAUGCUGGCAAUGAGGCGGCUCUCAUAACACCGGAUUUGUGGUUACGCAAUUGUCGCAGCAGGUCUGCAUCGCCGGCAUCCACGGUUUCGGUAUCGCCGGGCCCAAUUAAACGGAAUUCACCCUGCGCCACACCGCCAAGUAAUCCAACUAAACCGCUGAUCUCAGUGGCGCCCGUGUCCAAGCUUUUGGCCCUAAGGAGUCCCCAGGCUGCACAGGCAUCACAGCCACCGCCUCCGCCUCAGACGUCUUUGCAUCAGCAGCGGCAACAACAUCAAAAUUUAACAAGUAAAUCAGGUCGACGGAAGCGAUUGCAUCGUGGUGGCCUAUCCGCCGGCUCGGAGACGGUGGCCAGUCUUCUGCAGAAACAGCAACAACACCAUCAGCCGUCGCCAAUCAGUGCCGAUUUCGCGGGAUCCAGUGUGCCAUUGCCACCACUUUCGCCCAUGCCAAUGCCGGAACAGUCUGCCCCGCCGCCGCCAGCUGCAGCACCACCAACGCCCACACAAUCCUUGGGAAGGGGAUGCGCCACCGCCAUACCGCCCAGCUACUUUGCCACGCCCCCGAAUGGAAUGCUCGGGCAUCCGUUUGGUGUUCGGCCACCGCAUCAUUUUUUGCCACCGCCUCCGGGAAUGCUGCCACGUGGAUUUAUUCCACCUUUUGGUCCUCCGCCGCCGUUUGCCACCCCGCAAAUGCCCGAAUUCGGUCUAUUGGGCACUGCUCCUCCAGUAACUGUAAUGGUGCCAUAUCCUAUAAUUAUUCCUCUGCCGAUUCCCAUACCCGUGCCUCUGCCCAUUGUGGAUUUCUAUAAGGCCCACCUGACGCCCGAGGAGCGUAAGCGUUUCGAUGAGGAGAGGUCACAAAAGGAGCCACUCGAUUGCAGCAAGACACGAACCGAUCAGGAAGAACAGGAGCAGGAGCAGCAGCAGCCGGAAACGGAGACUGAACGGCCAGAGCAUGAAGUAGCUGACGAAGAAGAAGAAGAUGAGUUGGAGAAACCAAUACCAAAGACAAGUCCAUCUAUAGCUGCUUCACCAUCGCCAACACCCUCAUCGCCAGUUCCAUCAUCCAUCGAUUCCACAUCGCCGGAAACGCACUGUAUUGUCCAGGCAACAUCUCAGUCGGAAACGGAAGCUGAAACAUCCACCGCCACAGCAGCCCAAAAACUGCCCAAAUUAAAGAUCACACGACUACAAACCAAACGCACUCUAAUCCAAACCAAAGAAUCAUCAUCCAAUCCACCAGCAACAAAAACUGCAGAGCCAACAACAACAACUGCAACAGCAGCUGCAUCCGCCGCAGAGUGCACGGCGGAAUGUAGUCGUCCAUUGCGUAAACGGAAACGUAUUAUUGAUUGUGAUUUCCAGAAAAUGGCGCUAACACGUGAAAUCGAUUCAAUGGAUCAUCAUAGCAAUAGUGGCCACAGCAAGGACGAGGAUGAAGCGUGCAAUAUAAUUAACAACAACAACAACAAUGCUAAAAUUAAAAAGUAAAUGUAAUAGAGAUUAGAUAUUAGUCCUUAUUAUAUAUAUAUAUAUAGCCUGUAUUUAUCUAUGUAUAUGUAUAUUAUGUAUGUGUGUUUUGUGUAUGUCAGAAAUCAGGAGAUAUUAGAAACAGAAAACUAAACUAUUUAGAAAGCAAAAUAAGGCACUAAGUGCAAAAAAUUCAAUUUUAAAUA